GUCGGAGCGACUGCUUCUGGUCUGGAGCUGCGCGCUUGGCGAAGGGCUCCCGGGCUAGGGGUGGCUCCCGGCUCUGGGGCUGUGUCUGAUGAAAUAGGCCGGGCCCGGGCUACACUCGGUGGUGGUGGACCGGCGGGAGGACGAGCGCUAACUCAGUACUACUUCUGGGUCUCCCGCGCGGGCUCAGGAAGCGUCUUUCGCCGCCGAGCCCGCCCCGCGCAUGCGCCGACUGCGGCUCGCGCGCGCGCUUGGGAGGUUUUUUGGCCAGACCCGCACGCGGAACCGGCGCGGGCACCUGGGGAGAAAUGGAUGGAGAAGGGACCUGGCUGGAAAGCCUUUGCCCCGCUGCUCUGCUCCGCCCAUAAGAGGACCCCUGAAAUGUCCCGUGCAGUUUGUUCAAGUCCCCUGUGUGACGAAAUGUGCCUCUCGCCUUACCCGUGUGAGAAUACCUGUGGUGUGGCAGCGAGUAUUUUGGUAUUUGACCUGUCCAAAGACGACUUGAUACCUCUAUAAUGUAACAGAAAAGGUCAGAAAAUAUUAAGCAAGUAGAAGUGUGGAGCAUAGUAAGCAAGAUGAAUAUCUCGGGAAGCAGCUGUGGAAGCCCUAACUCUGCAGAUAUAUCUAGUGACUUUAAGGACCUUUGGACAAAACUAAAAGAGUGUCAUGAUAGAGAAGUACAAGGUUUACAAGUAAAAGUAACCAAGCUAAAACAGGAACGAAUCUUAGAUGCACAAAGACUAGAAGAAUUCUUCACCAAAAAUCAGCAGCUGAGGGAACAGCAGAAAGUCCUUCAUGAAACCAUUAAAGUUUUAGAAGAUCGGUUAAGAGCAGGAUUAUGUGAUCGCUGUGCAGUAACUGAAGAACAUAUGCGGAAAAAACAGCAAGAGUUUGAAAAUAUCCGGCAGCAGAAUCUUAAACUUAUUACAGAACUUAUGAAUGAAAGGAAUACUCUACAGGAAGAAAAUAAAAAGCUUUCUGAACAACUCCAGCAGAAAAUUGAGAAUGAUCAACAGCAUCAAGCAGCUGAGCUUGAAUGUGAGGAAGACGUUAUUCCAGAUUCACCGAUAACAGCCUUCUCAUUUUCUGGCGUUAACCGGCUACGAAGAAAGGAGAACCCCCAUGUCCGAUACAUAGAACAAACACAUACUAAAUUGGAGCACUCUGUGUGUGCAAAUGAAUUGAGAAAAGUUUCCACGUCUUCAACUCAUCCACAACAUAAUCCUAAUGAAAAUGAAAUUCUAGUAGCUGACACUUAUGACCAAAGUCAAUCUCCAGUGGCCAAAGCACAUGGAACAAGCAGCUAUACCCCUGAUAAGUCAUCUUUUAAUUUAGCUACAGUUGUUGCUGAAACACUUGGACUUGGUGUUCAAGAAGAAUCUGAAACUCAAGGUCCCAUGAGCCCCCUUGGUGAUGAGCUCUACCACUGUCUGGAAGGAAAUCACAAGAAACAGCCUUUUGAGGAAUCUACAAGAAAUACUGAAGAUAGUUUAAGAUUUUCAGAUUCUACUUCAAAGACUCCUCCUCAAGAAGAAUUACCUACUCGAAUGUCAUCUCCUGUAUUUGGAGCUACCUCUAGUAUCAAAAGUGGUUUAGAUUUGAAUACAAGUUUGUCCCCUUCUCUUUUACAGCCUGGGAAAAAAAAACAUCUGAAAACACUCCCUUUUAGCAACACUUGUAUAUCUAGAUUAGAAAAAACUAGAUCAAAAUCUGAAGAUAGUGCCCUUUUCACACAUCAUAGUCUUGGGUCUGAAGUGAACAAGAUCAUUAUCCAGUCAUCUAAUAAACAGAUACUUAUAAAUAAAAAUAUAAGUGAAUCCCUAGGUGAACAGAAUAGGACUGAGUACAGUAAAGAUUCUAACACUGAUAAACAUUUGGAGCCCCUGAAAUCAUUGGGAGGCCGAACAUCCAAAAGGAAGAAAACUGAGGAAGAAAGUGAACAUGAAGUAAGCUGCCCCCAAGCUUCUUUUGAUAAAGAAAAUGCUUUCCCUUUUCCAAUGGAUAAUCAGUUUUCCAUGAAUGGAGACUGUGUGAUGGAUAAACCUCUGGAUCUGUCUGAUCGAUUUUCAGCUAUUCAGCGUCAAGAGAAAAGCCAAGGAAGUGAGACUUCUAAAAACAGAUUUAGGCAAGUGACUCUUUAUGAGGCUUUGAAGACCAUUCCAAAGGGCUUUUCCUCAAGCCGUAAGGCCUCAGAUGGCAACUGCACAUUGCCCAAAGAUUCCCCAGGGGAGCCCUGUUCACAGGAAUGCAUCAUCCUUCAGCCCUUGAAUAAAUGCUCUCCAGACAAUAAACCAUCAUUACAGAUAAAAGAAGAAAAUGCUGUCUUUAAAAUUCCACUACGUCCACGUGAAAGUUUGGAGACUGAGAAUGUUUUAGAUGACAUAAAGAGUGCUGGUUCUCAUGAGCCAAUAGAAAUACAAACCAGGUCAGUCCAUGGAGGAUGUGAACUUGCAUCAGUUCUUCAGUUAAAUCCAUGUAGAACUGGUAAAAUAAAGUCUCUACAAAACAACCAAGAUGUAUCCUUUGAAAAUAUCCAGUGGAGUAUAGAUCCGGGAGCAGACCUUUCUCAGUAUAAAAUGGAUGUUACUGUAAUAGAUACAAAGGAUGGCAGUCAGUCAAAAUUAGGAGGAGAGACAGUGGACAUGGACUGUACGUUGGUUAGUGAAACCGUUCUCUUAAAAAUGAAGAAGCAAGAGCAGAAGGGAGAAAAAAGUUCAAAUGAAGAAAGAAAAAUGAAUGAUAGCUUGGAAGAUAUGUUUGAUCGGACAACACAUGAAGAGUAUGAAUCCUGUUUGGCAGACAGUUUCUCCCAAGCAGCCGAUGAAGAGGAGGAAUUGUCUGCUGCCACAAAGAAACUACACACUCUUGGUGAUAAACAAGACAAAGUCAAGCAGAAAGCGUUUGUGGAGCCAUAUUUUAAAGAUGAUGAAAGAGAGACUAGCUUGCAAAAUUUUCCUCAUAUUGAGGUGGUUCGGAAAAAAGAGGAGAGAAGAAAACUGCUUGGGCACACGUGUAAGGAAUGUGAAAUUUAUUAUGCAGAUAUGCCAGCAGAAGAAAGAGAAAAGAAGUUGGCUUCCUGCUCAAGACACCGAUUCCGCUACAUUCCACCCAACACACCAGAGAAUUUUUGGGAAGUUGGUUUUCCUUCCACUCAGACUUGUAUGGAAAGAGGUUAUAUUAAGGAAGAUCUUGAUCCUUGUCCUCGUCCAAAAAGACGUCAGCCUUACAAUGCAAUAUUUUCUCCAAAAGGCAAGGAGCAGAAGACAUAGACGUUGAAACAGAAACAGAAGGAUGGAGGACAGUUUUUUCCUUCUUAGUUAUUUAUAGUUAAAGUUGGUACUAAACAUUGAUUUUUUUGAUCUUCUGUAAAUGGAUUUAUAAAUCAGUUUUCUAUUGAAAAUGUUUGUGAUAUUAUGCUUUUGCACCUUUAAAACAAUAAGGCGCUUUCAUUUUGCACUCUAACUUAAGAGUUUUUAUUUACUUUAUGUAGUGAUACCUAAUACAAUUUUGAAAAUACAA